AUGGAAGAUGCUGGAGGAGGCGAUGAGGAAUUUGAAACCGCAGAAGAGCGCAUGGCGUGGCUGCGUGCAAGGGGAGUCCGCAUUGAGGAGCCAGGGCAGGCUAGCGGGCCGGCACCCAGUGGUCAAGGCCGCAGCUUCAUCUUCGUCAGGAUUCCUGUUGCGGAGGCUCAAACUUGCGAGGAACUGGAUGGACCACACUGCAACGGCGAUGCGCUCCCCACACUGCUUGGACCCCGCUUUGCUGGCUGCAGCCUGAGCGAUGAGGAGCUUCGCGCUUACGCUGCUGGCCAGGGCCAAGCGGGUGUUGAUCUCGCUGUGCUGCGAAAACUGGUCAUGCAAGGGCGGGCAGAGUCCUUUCGCCUAGCUGUCCCGACAGCAGCAAAUGGCCGUGAAGGUGUCUAUGCCUACCUGGAUGAGGCCUCAGAGCUCAAGGGCCUGGCAGUCAAUGAGAGAGCCAGUGCGGUAGCACGCUGCUGUGGAUUUCCCUCAACGUGCCGGCUGCGAGGUGAUGUUUACAUUGGGCGACUACAGUGGAGUGACGGCGGCAUCGUGGAGAAUGCAGACUUCCACCUCGGAGAGCUGCAGCCUGGGGCGCCCUGGAUGCAGCGCGCGGUGACGGAGAACCUGGAGUUCCAGAAGACCACGCAACCCGAGCAACAUGAGGCCGCACAAGACGGCGGCGACCCCGAUCAACGCGCCGAGGGCGUGGGUGAUGGGUACGUUUGGAAGGAUGACGGCGAGGAGUUAGAAGUGCUUCUGGACGUGCCGGAGUCGACCAGCAAGAGAGAUGUAAAGAUUGAAUUCCGCCGUCAGGAGGUGCGAGUCUCCAAGCCCACCUCACUUACGCUAAAGCUGUUCAAGAAUGUGGAGGUGGAUGGCUGUUCCUGGACUAUGGGCAAACCCGGUUUUGCAGCAGUCUGUGAGCCACCAUUGCUGGACCCAGAGCUCCAACAAGUGUUGCAAGAGGUCUGGAUGGGCGGGGCCAUCGUGCGCAUAAAUCCGAACUGCUUGCUGGCUGGUGAUAAUGAUGGUGGCGAUGAUCUUGAGGUUCCAGACCUUAUGGCGGUCAUUGCAACGGCAGCGGAGACUGAUGAGCCACCACCGCGCUGCCCUCCCCUGUCAGCUCCAGAUCCAGCAAACUACCCUGACGACCUAGCUGAGAAGGCUGCCGCAGUACGGAAGCUGCUGGCGGGGCGCUUGGAGGAUGAUGAUGUGUCCGGAGGUUUGGAAGUGGUGGCCUCGCCCGAACCACUCCACUACCGGCACCGGGUGAAGUUCGAGUUGCAGCAUGACGGUGAUUGCGUACACUAUGCAGUCUUCGACCCCAGCAGCAUGGAAUGGCUGACCGUUGAGGAGUAUCCACUGGCUUCGCAUCGCAUUAAUCGGCUAAUGUCGGAUUUGCGUGCCGUCCUGGCACGAGAGCACGAGCUUCGGAGGAAGGCGUUCCAGGUCGAGCUCCUCUCAACAACCGGGGACGAAGCCCUGGCCUGCAUCCUUUACCACAGGACGCUGUCUCCAGGCGAUCGACUGCGGGCUGAGCGGGCCGCGGCCGCCUUGGAUGCGGUAGUGGUUCUCCGGGCCAAGGGCCAACGCCUCGCCUGGCCAGCGCGACGCAGCUACUUGGUGCAGGAGAAUGAGAUCGAGGGCAAAGUUUACCCUCAAUGGCUCAUGGAGAAUGGCUUCUUCCAGGCCAACCUCCUGCUGAAUCGGGAGAUGCAAUCCUGGGUUACGAGGCACAUGCAGGUUGAAGGGGAAGAAGCACGCGAUCUUUUGGAAAUGUAUUGUGGAAAUGGGAACUUCACCUUGCCUGCAGCAAGUAAUUUUCGCCGCGUAUUAGCCGCGGAGAUUGAUGAGCCUGCAGUGCGAGGGGCAUCAAUCUGUGCGAAGAGAGCAGAUAUCGACAACGUGCAUUUUCGUAGAUGUCGUGCUGAGAGCUUGGAUUUGGAGAGCCAGAUCCAGCCUGUGGGGCCCUACGAUUUCUCGACAGUACUUGUAGAUCCUCCACGCUCCGGUUUGGACAACCGUUCCCUGAAAAUGGUGCAGAACUUCGAGCGCCUCAUUUAUGUCUCCUGCAACCCCAGGACAUUGGCACGUGAUCUUGACUCGCUACAAAGCCACAGGUGGCCCUCUGCCUUGUCCGCCGCGAGUAGAAAAGGUGCUGGCUCGAUUAUCGUGGCCUUGCACGACUGUCAGCCAGAGCGAGACAAGGACCUGACGCAAGAUGCCGUGCGGCCCGGUGCUCGACGGAGCCUCAACAAAGAUAUGCCUGUCGUGCGCAAGUCAGGUCUGGAUGUGGCAGAUCUUUUAACACAGGAGUGCGAGCCAUACGUGGCCUUAAAGAAUUGGUUGCAGCGGGCCGAGGUGCCGCUACCCACUGUUCGUGACAUGCCUUUGCCAUCUGCCCAGCGCGCUAUCGUCACAGCCCAGCAGUCCAUCAAGGAAGCUGAUUUGGCUGGUACAGCCUGGCUAGCCGAGCGCGGGCCUGUGUGGUACGACGGGUGUUUGCAGGAGCCGCAGAGAAGCAUGCACGGCGACAAGGAAGCUGAACUGAGGGACGCUGCAGUGAGGCGGUAG